ACAGACAUAUAUACUUCUUUUCCAGGAUACUGGAGUCCAGCCCCCAUGUAUUUUUAUUUUUCAUGUUUUUAUUUGUCUUUCUGAUUCAUUCAUUCUUACACUUAACACAGAUAAGCCUCUGGAACAAGAAGGAUUUCUGGAGAAAUUGUGUGAUGGAUAUUUCCUGAAUGUAUAGACAGAGAGUCAAAGAUCUGUAUUUGGAGAAGCAAUUAAGCACAAAUGAAAGGGGGAAAUAGUUAUAGCUUUAGAGGGAGGCAUAUUUCCCUGGCUCUGGUUAUUCUUGUUAUUCUUACCAUGUUACUGUGGACAUGGGAGAGAAAUCCAAUAAUUGCCAUGACUUUAAGAUCAGCUCAAGAAUGGUAUCGCUUACCUUCAGAAUUUCCUGUGGAAGCCCCAAUUGAAUCAGUGGGAACUUCAACACUGGAAAAGGGUGUGGAAAAAUCCAUAUCCCCCAUCACUGAAAAUGGAACAAAACUUCAACUUGAUACUCAGGGUGUGGAAGCUGUAGAUUCUACACCUACAGAAUCUCCAGAAACUCAAUACAAUCAAAAUGUCAUGCCUUCUUCCAGAAGUAAAGUAACACCAACACCGAAAAAAGGUGUGGAAAAAUCCACAACCCCCAUCACAGAAAAUGGAACAAAACUUCAAUUUGAUACCAAGGAUGUGGCAGCUGUAGAUUCUAUACCUGCAGAAUCUCCAGAAACUCUAUACCAUCAAACUGUCAUGUCUUCUUCAAGAAGUAAAGUUGUUUCAGAGAAUGAGGUUGAACAGCUCAUUUGGCCAAUAAGUUUCUGCUGCUAGUCUGCUACACUGUACCCACAAAGAAAAGAUGGAAUUUUGCUAUUUAAUGGUGGUUGUUAAUAAGACAAAGUGAUGGGGUCCCCUCAUCCACCCUAAAGGUAAUAAGCAAUUAAGCAUGCUAAUGGACUCUGGUUCCCCUGCUUUCGUACUGAUAAGCACUCAAGACUUGGGGAGCCCUCCCUUUAAAGCUAGCCGCCAAGGGGGGGAGAUCCAAGUCACUUAAAUACUCCACUGAGCAUACCGUCCGUACUAUAUGGUGUGGGACUUAGACACCCCAUAAUACCCAAAUCUCUAUCAUACCUGAAGAGUGCACUUGGUUUCUUAGUCUUGGGAGUACCAUCUUUGUUACGACCCAUUCUUAGACCAUGAUCGACGCACAGAUUAUGACUUACUUAGUCUGAUCAACUUAUCUUAUACAAAAUAAUCCGUAAAAGAACACAUAAUAUAUCUAGACAAAUCUAUAUAAAUAUAUCUCAUUCCAUCCAUUUAAUAUCAAGGUUUCAGGUCACAACACAAACCCUUAACAUAUUAUCCAAAAUCCACUAAUAACAAUGUUAAUUAUAAAUACUAAUCAUCAAGUGUCUCAAAAUAUCAUAAGUACAUCUUCAUCAUGUUUAUAAGAGAGAAUCAUUUAAAUUUCAAAAUGAAGGAAUUCUCCCUAAAUCUAUUACUACCUUGUCCCGUGUAGCGCAUUGUACUGAGUUACAACCAAAAUGUUCAUCAGACACAAAAGAGACCUACCAAAAGAUAAUCAAAUUUUUGGGUACAUCAGCAAAUCCUAGGAAGUCUGAGAAAAAUGAAAUAAAAACAGGGGUAAGUCAGAAGGACUUAGUGAGAGCAUAAUAUACAAAGCGGACAGGAAGGAGAAAACCAUUUAGCAUGAGUCUUUUCAUUCCAAGUAAAUAUCUUAUUCCAUCAAUGUAAAUAUCUCAUUCCAUCCAUGUAAAUAUACUAUGAGUAAUUGACUCAUAAACUACAUUAUCUCUUCGUUGUAACAAACGACACAAUCAUUAUAUUACGAGAAAUCAACUUAUAGGUUACAUUA